AUGAUCAUCUUUGCGCGCUUCGACCAAACUUGCAGGACUCUCGUCAACCAGCCGAAAUCCGAGAUGGAUGAAGCUCAGAUACGAGCGCUAGAGGAGCACGAGAUCUCCCAAGGGCCGCUCAACGUGCUGCAGCAAUCCGUCAAGAACCAUACCCAGAUCCUCGUCGCCCUCAGGAAUGGCCACAAGCUCUUAGCGCGAGUCAAGGCCUUCGAUCGUCACUCUAACAUGGUCUUGGAGAACGUCAAGGAGAUGUGGACAGAGAUACCAAAGGGCAAGAACAAAAAGCCAGUCAACAAGGACAGGUUCAUCUCCAAGCUGUUCUUGAGGGGCGACUCUGUCAUCAUGGGUGCGCCAUUCGCUUUUGCAUACUCAACUCGCUGCUGA